UCAGUUUCUACUUUCACUCAAAGGGUGAUAGUUAAACAGCAAAAAGGAAGAUGGCAAGACUGUUGUUACUUUUCCUUCCAGUUCUUGUGGCUAUAGGCGCCGUGCAUGGAAUAUUUAUGGACAGACUUGCUUCCAAGAAGCUCUGUGCAGAUGACGAGUGUGUCUAUACUAUUUCUCUGGCCAGAGCUCAAGAAGAUUAUAAUGCCCCAGACUGUAGAUUCAUUAACGUUAAAAAGGGGCAGCAGAUCUAUGUUUACUCAAAGCUGGUAAAAGAAAAUGAAGCUGGAGAAUUUUGGGCUGGCAGUGUGUAUGACGGUCACCCUGAGGAUGAGAUGGGAACAGUGGGUUAUUUCCCCAGCAACUUGGUGCAGGAGCAACAUGUGUACCAGGAAGCCACCAAGGAAGUCCCUACCACAGAUAUUGACUUCUUCUGCGAGUAAGAAAUUAGACAAAUCUGCAGAUAGAAUGAAAACACCAAAAAUAAAGAAAAAAGCAAAAAUAACCAAAAAAAAUACAUGUCCCUAAUUUCUGACUUUUGUUUCCAGGGUUUGUUACCUUAAAGGAGGGCUGGGGUUUGGGCUGGAGGUGGCAGAUAAAGCAGGGGCUUCAACUUCGUCUCGUUUUCUGUUGGCCUGGUUAUUCCACAACCUAAGCAGGGAGACAUUGGCUCAAGUGGGCAAACUGAAAGCAGAGAAUCAUUUUUCAGCCUUUCUUACACGGGGAUGCAUAUAGAAGGUGGAUUAUUUGCAGCUAUUUCUAAAUAGUAAUUCUUGCCAGCUCUUUG